AUGUUUUUCAAGAGAAAGGACCAGGGUCGUUUGCAAAAGCGCGAGUCGACGAGAUACUCUGCCAUCAACCCGCUUUCAAAGAAAGACUUGAAGAGCCGAUCCUUCUUUGUCAAGUUCUACGGCCUCGUCGUUCUGCUCCUCGUGUCCUUGGCCUUGCUUGGCUUCACAAUAUGGCUCCACAAGAGGCUUCCUGAUGGGGCCAAGUCUGACUUUAAACUUCCCUUUACAAAGCGGGAACUAGAGGGCGCCGGGCCCCGUCUUUCCAGCUCGCCCCGGGACGCCGCGGACACUGACGACGACGAGGCUGGGUUGGAGAUUAGGCCCACAGCAACCGUCCACCGAUACGUAAAUGUCUAUCGCCGAGAGUUGCAGGCCCGGACCAUCGACCCCUCUCUGAAUCCCUGGCUUGAGACCGCCCUUACCUUCCCCGCCAACACCCCGCUGCCAUCCUUCAAUUUGGCUGGCAUUCCACUGCUCACCCUCACCCAGCCCAUCGUGAACCCGUUGGCCCUGCCACUGGCAAGCCCCAUUGCGCCCCUCAUCACUGCCGCUGCGUGCCCGAACCCAGUCUGCUUCCCGAUCGGGGUCACAUUCGACCCCCACCUACCGAUUUUUACUCUUUUCCCCGGCGGGGGUAGCGAAGGCGACAUUGACUAUGGCGACGCGCAUUUUCCAAACACCGAGCCUGGCCCAAAGCGCCGCAAUCUCCAGCCGCGCGCCGGCUCCGCUUGCUACUGCCCUACGGCUUCGGAUCCCGUCGUCACGCCCACCAUUCCGCCCAUCUUGCCGCCCAUCCUGCCGCCCGCGCCCCUCAUCACUCAAGCCGCGGCGUGCCCGAACCCAAUCUGCUUCCCGAUCGGGGUCACAUUCGACCCCCACCUGCCCAUCUUUACUCUUUUCCCCGGCGGAGGCACCGAGGACGACAUUGACUUUGGCGACGCGCAUUUUCCUAACACUGAGCCUGGCCCAAGGCGCCGCAACGUCCAACCGCGCGCCGGCUCUGCGUGCUACUGCCCCACAGCAGCUCCGGAUCCCGUCGUCACACCCACCGAACCGCCCAUAACGCCCACGAACCUGCCGGGACCGAGCGGCUGCUCGGAGGGGAAGACCAAAUCGUGCAACCUCUUGGCCGAUGUCUGCUAUUGCGUGGAUAUUGAAACUGGCACCCCGGAGCCGCCCACCGUCACCCCAGAGCCACCCUCUGUUAGCCCCGAUCCCGAGGUCACCCCGGAGCCGCCCACCGUCACCCCUGAGCCACCCACCAUCAGCCCCGAUCCCGAGGUCACCGAUGUGUGCCCUUCAGGCUUGACCUGGUGGUGCGACCCGGAUGAUGACCAUUUCUGUCUCUGCGUCGGUACUGGCACCACCACUACGGACCCCCACCAAGCGUUACCCCAGACCCGGAGGUACCGGUACCACAGAGCCGCCCACUACCGGCACCCUGAUCCAGAAAUUACAGACGUCUGCCCCUCCGGCUUGACUCGAUGGUGCGAUCCGGAGGACGACAACUUCUGCAUCUGCGUUGGCACCGGGACCACUACCACGGAUCCGCCACCAUCCAGCACCCCAGACCCAGAUGUCACUGACAUUUGCCCCUCGGGCCUCCAAUGGUGGUGCGAUCCGGCGGACGACAACUUCUGUCUCUGUGUUGGCACGGGAACAACCACUACGGAUCCACCAGUGACCAGCACCCCGGACCCGGAUAUCACCGACAUUUGCCCCUCGGGCCUCCAGUGGUGGUGUGAUCCCGAAGAUGACAGCUUCUGCCUCUGCGUCGGUACCGGAACCACUACUACGGAUCCGCCGCCGACUAGCACUCUGGACCCGGAUAUCACUGAUGUUUGCCCUUCGGGUCUGCAGCGGUGGUGCGAUCCAGAGGAUGACAACUUCUGCCUCUGCGUCGGUACUGGAACCACUACUACGGACCCACCGCCCACCGUCACCCCGGAUCCGGAGAUCUGCCCUUCGGGUAUGGUCUAUGAAUGCGAUGAAGAAUUCGAUCUUUGCGACUGCGUAGCCACGGGUACCACUGGCACUACAGAGCCACCCACUGGCGGCACGACCACCCCAAACCCUGAACCUACCGACAUCUGCCCCCAGGUAUGGUACCGAGUCGCCGCCUGCUACCGAAACGGAUCCCCUGAGACAGAUCCCAUAGAGACAGACCCCGUAGAAACAGAUCCUGUCCAGACGGACCCCGUGGUGACUGAUCCCACUGAGUCGGAUCCCGUAGAAACAGACCCAGUCGAAUCUGACCCGGUGGAAACUGACCCGGUCGAAUCCGAUCCCGUGGAAACCAACCCAAUAGAAACCGAUCCAGCGGAAACCGACCCCGUGGAAACCGACCCUGUGGAAACUGACCCUGUGGAAACUGACCCCGUGGAAACCGACCCCGUGGAAACCGACCCCGUUGAAUCCGAACCAGUAGCAACAGAUCCUGCCGAAUCGGACCCGGUCGAGACUGAAGCCGUCGUUACCGACCCAGUUGAGACGGAUCCAGCUGUCACCGAUCCGGCUGAGACGGAACCUGCCGAAACCGACACCGGAGUCACGCUCCUUGUGCAGAACCCGACCAACUCCGAACCCGCAACCACGCCCGAGGCCACGCCUUCCGCCCCAGCCACGGAGGAGCAACAAACGGCCACCGACCCUGCGACCACUGACGCUACCCAAGACACAAACUCCCCACGAGCGCCGCUACCCAAACCACAAACUCCGCCACUACUGAUGCGACCCAAACCAGUGCCCGAGAAUGGCGACGACCCGGAACCCAUCAUUGUGGUCUCCUGGCCGCUCAAGCGCUCGGUGCUUGCCAACCACGCGCCUCUCAUCGUGGCCCGCGUGUUCACAUCGUUUCUGGCCGGCGCGUUCCGGGACGUCACCUCCUUCGAGCCGGUGCGCCAGCUAUUCUCGGUGGAUGGGGCGUCGGGCGCCACGCUGGCGGGGACGACCUUUACCCUCAUCCCCGUCAUUGUCUCGGGUGUCGUGGCUGAUAUCGGCAGCGGUUUCGCGUCCGAGGCGGUGUAUCUGGAUACCAACUACUGCGACAACCCGGUUCUGGCCAACGAGCUCAACCCGUGCUGGCCGCCGCGCGGCGUGACGGCGGAGGCGGCCUCGUCCAUUUCCGCCGUCGCUAGCGUCAUGGGCCACCCAGAGGUGGAGCGGGACUUUGGUUCCGUUCCGUCCGAGCUCUCGAACCGGGGGCUCGUCGAUGUCCUCAAGGAUAAAAUCCUGGCGGCGGCACAGGCGAGCAAGGGCCCGUCCUUCAAGGAGCGUCUCCAGGAGCGCUGGGCGACCCUCGUCGGGACCGGUCGCGCGGACACGCACUCCAAGUGGAUGCGCCGACGCGAGUACCUCGACUACGGAUUCGGUACCGUCUUCCUUGCCCUUCUCGGCCUGUGCAUCGCCGCCACGGCCUACUACUGGGCCACGGCUUACACCGAUGUGCAAAACCUCGCCCACUUUGCCCGCUUGCACAAGGCGCCGUGCGCCGCGCGUGAGACGAUCAACAAAAAGGGCCACUCGCUGCCCGUCCUCUCUAUCCUGCCCCUCCUCCGUAUGGGCUACUUUUUGCCCGCUGCCGUCGCCUUUACCGCCCUUCUUAGCGAGUUCCUCGUCAUCUGCCUCGCCGGCCUGCCCUACCGCCCUGGCCAGCUACGCGCCGAAUAUCUCGUGUGCGGGUCCAUCGCCACCGUCAUGCUCUUUAUCAUGCUCGUCAUGAUUGUCUUCCUGCACCGCUGGAGGCGCACCCUGCCACAUAUUCCCCGGCAGCCCAACUCUGUGGCGGCCGUGAUGACGUACGUGGCCGAGACCAACAUGUCGCGGGAGCUCAUGAGCCUCAACGAGCGCAAGAGGAGGGAGAGGGAGAGGGCGGUCGAGGGUUUGGGCCGCAAGUACGGCUACGGCAUCAGGUCUGAGGAGGACGGCCGGAAGAGGUGGGUUGUGGACGAGGUCGCCGUUGAUUACGAGGCUGAGAGGAAGAGAAUGGUUGAGGAGACUCAUUACAGGCGCGAGGCGGGCACCAUCUGA